CCGAUGAAGAUCGAUCCUCCUAUGCUUCACAGGAAUUUAUACGGCAACUAGAAACCGAAAGGGUGGCCAUCAGGUUCGAACGCGCCCGACGCGCCUUCGCUAGCACUCGUUUGAACAUUCUCGCUUCCAGAACCCCGUGCUUCCUCCUAAGCGCUCUGGCGCUGAGGAUGCUCUGAAUUUUGAUCCACGCUGCUCUGUGGUGUUUGUCAAAUAUCAAAAGUCCAUUGACACGAGUUAUACACGACCUUACAUGUGAAUAAGGCCUGUACAUCAUCAACAAUCAACAACCGGACAGCUCUUGUGGACGUUCAAUCCGAAGUCAGACAGGCCAUGUUCAACUCUACCUGCAUGCAACGAGGUCACGGAUAAAAGCUGUAUCUUGGACAAAAAGCGAACAACCCAUUGAUUGAAUACCAAAUUUAUGUCCACGGCCUGUGACUCCUUCUCGGUGGACAACGCGUUACCAUUUCCAGUUGUGCACAUCCUUCAAACAGGGGCUUCAAAAACACGCAGGAGGCUCGAGUAAGAGUGAGGUAUAAUCAGUCUGCAUUCAUUCUUGUCGGCAGCUACCGACCCGUACAUGUACACCUGAGCGACCGCCAUCAAUACCCACCCAUUCCUAAUACAUCACACUCAUCGUUUCAACAUACACUGAAUAUUUGCGGCUUCACAAACGAGGAAGGAACCUCCAUUGUAAACCCGCUUAUAAGGAGAUGACUCCUUGCGCAGCCAUUUUUCCACCUGUACCUAUUAGCGCCCAUCUGUCCUUCUCGCCCGGGACCUUUAUUCGCGUACACGGCCCCCAACACCUUUAAAAACGUUUCGCAGCUUGCUUUGUGCACUGCCUCCACUCCCCUCACGGCCACUGUCUUACACCUUUCUUUUCUUUUCACGUUGCAUUCCGCAGACAAAGGUGACUAGAACUAUAAAGGCCCGGCUCUUCACGGUUGGAAAAGCGAGGCGCGUUUCCGUUUUCUUUCUUCCCUUCGUUCUUCUCAACGCCACUUUCACGGUUUUCAACGCGUGGUCUCUACCAUGGAGAUGUAUUUUUACUCCGCUGAUCACUGUCACGAAGUCGACCAUCCCGAACUCUUACUACCCGAAGCAUCUACUUCUUUCGCGAAAGACAAUGCCUUUCUUGCCGAUGAUCGGUGUACGACGACAUACCUAGCACAGAACAAGCAAGACGGGUUUCUGGCGAUUAGAGUGUGGAGAGAGAAUUUCUGGGAUCCCGAUGGGAGGAGGGUGUUUUUGAGGAGACUCGAACGAGAACUACUCAUUUGGAACAACCUGGCCCAUCCCAACAUCGCACCGUUAUACGGACUCGUGUUCGCGUAUGGAAAGUGGGCGUCGAGUGUUACACCGUUUUAUCGGAACGGGACUAUCAACAGCUAUCUGUCGAAUCAUCCCAAGACGGACCCAUUGGUGCUUCUCUGCGGGGCAGCCGAAGGCCUCGCAUACUUGCACUCUCGUAAUCCCCCCGUCUCUCAUGGCGAUGUCAGAGGGCGCCACAUUUUCAUCAAAGAUGACGACGGGAAUGGCGGCAAUACUAAUAGGCCAACAGCUGUUAUAUCCAACAUUGGCACUAAUUACCUCCCUACGCCUCCUAAUUGGAUUAUUGCUAGUGACGAUGGAACGAGGUGGAUGGCUCCUGAGAUCAUGAUUUCGGAAUCUUCGUAUGAACCAGUUGACGGUUCCUGCGAGGAUUCAUAUGAGGAUCCGCGGACGAAGUCGAAGCUCAGGACGACGGUUGAAAGUGAUGUGUAUAGUUUUGGUAUGACGAUGUUGGAGUCAAAUUUGCUGAACGUGUCGACUGUUUCCCAACAGGUAUACACCCGACGCGUUCCAUUUCCUCAUCGACGGUUCUAUGGUGGUGUAAUUCAUGAUGUGGUAUCGGGCGUUCGACCGAUACGACCUGGACCUGACGAGUGUCCCGGGUUGGAUGAUAAGAUUUGGGAUGUGAUUCAGAAGUGUUGGCGGCACGACCCGCGAGAAAGACCUUCUAUGGCCGCCGUUGCAAAUGUGUUGAGAGAGAUGCUCUCUGAAACGGCUCUUCGUAUGGUUCCUAUUCCUAUACGGAAGGCCUCGCUGUAACGGGACUGGAAUAGAGUGCUUGUACCCGACACGUUAAAUACCAGAGAAAACCUAUU